AAAACGGAUGUUAGAGAGACACGAUGGUUCACUCCAGUUAAGAGCAAUGGUCCGGGAGGUCCCGGAUGCGAAACCAAAUCAGUGCUCUACUGCCCUUUGGCAAGGCAUUAACCAUAUUUCCAAGUCCCUCGCAUAGGACUCAAAGCCGUUGAGCGUGAGAGCUCUAGCUCUUAGUAUCAUGAGACAAAAUAUACUAUGUCGCAGAAGCGGGGGUAGCAAAACUGUCAACUUAAUUCCUCUUCAACAAAAAAGAAAUAGAAAGAAUCACGAAACAGUAUAAUACUGAAGAAAUAUGUCAGUUUGUUAGCAGAUUAAACAAGAAAAUCGAUUUCGAGUAAACUACAUGUGUGUAAAAAAAAAUGUGAAAUUAUGAACCACGAACCUGUCUCCGUUUCACUUUCUACCCCCAUAGAAACAUCCCGUAUGUGACGUCAUUCUCGGUUUUGAUUGCUAUUGCCUUAUGUAUGGCGCUCAACCUGUCAUAUGCCACACUCCUCACCCCGCACGAGUUACUAUCCUCACAGCCCAUCAUCAUGUUAAUCGGACAUAAAGUUCUUGGAUCGUGGUAUCGUCUCGUUCAUCUACCUAUUUUGGUUUGCACCCUCUCGGAUAUCAACAUUAUUAUCUUAAUAAUCUCCAGGAUGUUUUUCUCGGCUGGACGAGAGGGGCAGGCCCCUAGUCUCUGGGGAAUGCUCAGUCUCAGACACAGCUCCCCAUCUCCAGCUAUUCUUGUUAUGCUGCCCAUCGCCCUCCUUCUCCUGCUCGUGGACAUUACUCCUGUCUUGUCCACCCUUGGUCCAUUCCAAUGGCUGACCAGUGCGAUGGUGGUAGCGACCCUUCCUAUCUAUAGGAUACGAUACCCCAGCCUGGAACGACCAUUUAAGGUUCCUCUGGUGUUUCCGUUCAUCUACAUUCUCUACUGUAUAUUUCUGACAACGCUAGCCGUCUACAACAAUCCCCGUGUACUGGGCCUAGUUCUUGCUAUCAUAGUCCCAGCCUUCCCGCUUCAAAUCAUCCUCAUCAGGUUCAAAAGACCGAGAAGAUUUCUUAGAUCAGUCGGACAUGUGACCCGUUUUCUCCAGAAGCUGCUUCUGGUUGCUAAACCCGAUGAUGGACAAGCCACAAAAUUUUAAUCGGAGAAUGGAACAGACUGGUGCUUUACUCGAAACAUCCCAUUUAACGCACCCGGCCAUGAUAUGCUCCAUGAUUUUUCUAGAAGCUACACAUCUGACUGAAAAAUAUGGUGGCAUUGAGCAAAGUUACACAUAGAAGUUCAGAAAGGAACAAAAUGGCGCUACUACAACAUCACGCCAUGAAAUUAAUAAUUGAUGAUCAUGGUGAUAUUUAGGGGCCGACUAAGACUGAAACUAGACCCCGGAACUUCGAUGCGACUGACCUACUGUUUGAUCAAUCAAAUCGGAACUCCAGCCACUAAUCGGCCCCUAAUCGGCCCGCCACCGACCCUAAAGACAAAAGCCUACCAGUUAAUUUGGAACACUAUUCUUCCGAUUUUCAGUCUACCUAUAACAACGAUGAGGAUAUUGAUGGUGCUGCUGAUGAUGAUGAUGACGACGAUGCUGAUGAUUGUUUCUUAGUAUCCCGCCGGAAUACUCGACUGCAGAUCAGAGCGGUCGUGCCGCUUGCUAAUAUUUAGGUUUGACAGAAUUCCGUUAGGGCAUUCAUUCGAAUGGAAAAGACAUCUGCU